AUCCGAAGUCUCUGUUUCUGAUUUCCCGUGUGGCGUUCUUUAAACUUCGUUUCGCGUCGCGCUAGGGUUAACUCAGGAAAAUGAGUUCGUUAAAGCUUCAAAAAAGGCUUGCCGCUUCGGUAAUGCGAUGCGGUAAGAAGAAGGUAUGGUUGGAUCCAAACGAAAUAAAUGAAAUUGCCAACACCAAUUCCAGACAAAAUAUUCGUAAGUUGAUCAAAGAUGGUUUGAUCAUUAAAAAGCCAGUAGCUGUACACUCUAGGGCUCGUGCACGUAAAAAUGCAGAUGCCAGAAGAAAAGGUCGUCAUUGUGGUUUUGGUAAAAGGAAGGGUACUGCUAAUGCUCGAACACCUCAAAAAGACCUUUGGGUGAAAAGAAUGCGAGUAUUAAGGCGGUUGCUUAAAAAAUACCGUGAAGCAAAGAAAAUUGACAACCAUCUUUACCAUCAGUUAUACAUGAAGGCUAAGGGUAAUGUUUUCAAGAACAAACGUGUAUUGAUGGAGUUCAUCCACAAAAAGAAGGCAGAGAAGGCCCGUGCCAAGAUGUUGAGUGAUCAAGCUGAAGCUAGACGUCAAAAGGUUAAGGAAGCUAGGAAACGUAAAGAAGCAAGAUUUUUACAAAAUAGGAAGGAACUUUUGGCUGCAUACGCACGAGAAGAUGAGAAGGCUGCUGCUGCUGCGGGAAAGAAGUAACCUGUUUUGUAAAUGUUUUUAUUUUCUAAUACAAUAUUUCUGACCUAUUGG